AUGCCUACACCAGUUUCAACUGUGGCUUUUGAGAGUGCUUUUAGCACGGGUGGGAGAGUUUUAGAGGUAUAUAGAAGCUCUCUCAAACCAAAAAUGACAGAGGCUCUAAUUUAUGCUCAGAAUUGGUUGAGGCCUUCUUUUUACGAAUUCAAAGACUUGGAAUUCAACGAGGAGUAUGAGAUUUCCGAAGAUGUUUUACAAGGAUUUACUGAAACUUCAGCCGGAAGUGGAGUUCUGUCAUCCUCUCUGACUCAGUCACAGCCUUCUGGCUAUGUCUAA